CCUGGGAGGCGGGACGGAGGUUCUGACGCCAUCGCUGCGGGGCGGAGGCGACGCGGUCUGAGGAGAGGCUCUUCGUGCUGCUUCUUCGGACCCCUGGCUGCGCGACAGCGAGUCUCUGCCUCCGUAAGUUUUUCCCUCGUGGUCCGCCCACGGAGAGCCCCGCGUGGAGAUGGCAGACGAUCUUGGAGACGACUGGUGGGAGAACCAGCCGGCAGGAGCCGCCAGCAGCCCAGAAGCAUCAGAUGGUGAAGGAGGGGGAGACGUAGAAAUGAUGCAACAAGAGACAGCUCCAGUUCCUGUCCCGUCGAAGAAAACCAAACAGCCUAUGGAAUGUUUCUUGGUACAACCAAAGGAAACAAAAGAAGAUGCCACCAAGACCAGGAAGAGGAGAAAGAAGAAAAUUACUGACAUUCUUGCAAAAUCAGAGCCAAAACCUGGGACACCUGAAGACCUGCAGAAACUGAUGAAGGACUAUUACAGCAGCAGUCGCUCAGUGAUUGAAUUAGAAGAACUGAAGCUACCAGACUCCUGUUUCCUCAAGGCCAACGAUUUGACUCAUAGUCUUUCAUCAUACCUAAAAGAAAUCUGCCCUAAGUGGGUAAAACUUCGGAAAAACCAUACAGAGAAGAAGUCAGUCCUAAUGCUGAUCAUCUGCAGCUCUGCCAUCCGAGCCCUGGAGCUCAUUAGGUCAAUGACAGCGUUCAGAGGAGACAGCAAAGUUAUGAAAUUAUUUGCAAAACACAUAAAGGUCCAGGAGCAGGUAAAGUUGCUGGAGAAGCGUGCCGUGCACCUGGGUGUAGGAACUCCAGGGAGGAUUAAAGAACUCGUUAAACAAGGUGGCCUUAAUUUGAACCCCUUAAAGUUUCUGGUUUUUGACUGGAAUUGGAGAGAUCAGAAGUUGAGGAGGAUGAUGGACAUUCCCGAGAUAAAAAAGGAAGUUUUUGAACUUCUGGAAAUGGGAGUCCUCAGUCUGUGCAAGUCGGAAUCCUUGAAGCUGGGCCUCUUCUAAUCUGUGUCCCAGUGAAGAUCCCAGGGUUCACGGUGGGAUUUGCCUCUUGUUCAAUGGCUCAGACACACUGCAGACACUCAGUACAAAUCAGCUGCUGUUUUAUUGCAUUAGCCGCAUCACCAGGUAGACCCCUGGGAAUGUGUGAUCAACAUGAAUCUGUCCUUUGCCAACCCCUUGUAUAAUAAAAUAUUGCCAGCUUGUUCUUCUC